UCCCUCCCUCCCACCAAAACCAGACACGGCCUUUCCGAUCUCCCUCGAAAAUGCAGAGCGCGGUGGUUUUACCUCUCUCCCAUUCCCUCUCCGUCCACAAAACUCGAACCCGCUUCCUCACUUCCCAUUUUCCCAUUCCUUCUUCCAUUCCCAACCUCAAUGCAUCUUCCUCCUCCUCUUCCUUUCCGCGUUUCGCUUCUUCCAAAUGGACAGCGACACCCUCCGCCUCCACCUUCCGAAUCAACGCAACCGCCAGCACCACCACCGCCUCCUCCUCCUCCGAUAACAGCAGCAGCGGAAGCGGUAGUUUGUUGAAAACUCUGGAGCUGGGAGCCUUGUUUAGCCUAUGGAUCAUCUUCAACAUCUAUUUCAACAUUUACAACAAACAGGUUUUACAAGUUUACCAUUUCCCUGCAACUCUAACUGCUAUUCAAUUCGCUGUGGGGACUCUCAUUGUUUUCUUCAUGUGGAUUUUCAAUCUCUACAAGAGGCCCAAAAUUAGUGCAGCCCAGCUAGCAGCAAUAGUUCCACUGGCUCUGGUUCAUACUUUGGGGAACCUUUUCACUAACAUGAGUCUCGGAAAAGUCGCCGUGUCUUUCACUCACACCAUCAAAGCUAUGGAGCCUUUCUUUUCAGUCAUCCUCUCUGCUAUGUUCCUUGGAGAGAUGCCUACAGCAUGGGUGGUUGCUUCCCUUGUGCCUGUUGUUGGUGGGGUGGGGCUGGCGUCUUUUACAGAGGCCUCCUUCAAUUGGGCUGGGUUUUGGAGUGCAAUGGCUUCCAAUUUGUCAAAUCAAUCUCGUAAUGUUCUUAGCAAAAAGCUCAUGGUCAAGAAGGAGGAACAGGAACCCAUAGACAACAUAACCCUCUUCUCAAUAAUUACAGUUUUGUCAUUCUUGUUAUCAGCACCUGUAACCAUCUUCAUGGAGGGUGUCAAAUUUACCCCUGCUUACCUUCAAUCCGCGGGAUUAAAUGUUCAACAAGUGUACACCAGAAUUCUUAUUGCUGCACUAUGUUUCCAUGUAUAUCAGCAAGUUGCUUAUAUGAUACUGCAGAGAGUAUCACCUGUCACCCACUCUGUGGCAAACUGUAUGAAGCGUGUGGUGGUCAUCGUCAGCGCUGUCAUCUUCUUCCAAACACCUGUCUCACCAAUUAACGCAUUUGGGACUGCUAUAGCUCUUGCUGGUGUUUUCCUCUAUUCCAGGGUGAAGCAAAUUAAGCCCAAGACGGCUUGAUUAUCAAAUUUUGCAUCUUGCAUAACAUACCCCGUAUGUGUGAAUUUCUUUAUAGGUCAGAUAGGGAUUGACUAUUGAGGUUACCGAUCUUAACCCCUUUUUAGGAUUGAAAUAUUUUAUACCCAAAAUGGUGUCUCAAUUUCAUUGUCUAGCUUAGAGGCGCCUAAUGGUUUGGCUCUAUGAAAAAAAUAUCAUCAUCUAGUGUAUUUUUUACUUUUUUUAUCACAUUAUCUAGUUGUUUUUAAUGUAAAUUCAUUUAAUAAAUCUUGGCAAGAUUCACAGCUGUAAAUGUCUUAUAAGUUGAGAAUUACUGUGUAAUAUUACCUAUCCAAUCUGUCAAAAAAAAAAACAAUAUUACCUAUCCAA